AGUCCAGCUCUCAUAUACAGUCAAUGAUAACUCCUCAGUGGUAUUUCGUCUCCAAAGAAGCUGAAACCGUGGAGGAAGCCUUUCAUUCCUGUUUAAGUUAAGAUAGCUGAAACAUUUUUGAAGCAUUUAGAAACAUUUCAAACAACAAUCGAGGCAUCAAAAGAGGAAAUUUUCAAUUCUUCUAAGGACGAAUUUACUUCUGACUGCAGCGUUAACUAUCAACUGUUUUCAUUCUUUCCGCCGUGCUUUUAUUUUGAAAUCCGGUUACCGUAGUCCGUAGUGUAAACGCGCGCGAGGAAACCCCCUCCUCCCCGUUAACGGCGCUGUUUCCCCAGCGGGGGCGGGUCGGUCAGCGCCGCCCUCCCUCGUCACCGCUGUUCAAAUCAGGUCCACGCCGGAGAUGAAGCCAGAGGACGCGGGAGGGCAGCUGUGGUGGAGCGGCCGCCGGGACAAGCUGGGCGCCGCCGCGGACGAACGGCGGGAAGUUCCGCCUCGGUAAACUUCUGCGGACCGGGACGCGGCUCUCCGGGGCUUCGGGCGGCGGGCUGUCCUGUGGGAUGGGUGACGGACAGGAGCAGGACCACUACGAGGAGCGUCUGAAAGAGGUUUUUGACAGUUUUGACGCCAGUGGCUGCGGCUCUCUGACCCCCGAGGAGCUCGCCGACCUCUGCCGGUCCCUGCAGCUGGAGGACGCCACGCCGGCUCUGCUGCACGCGCUGCUGCAGAACCAGGACCGCCUCAGCGCCAGGGUCGACUUCCAGCAGUUCAAGACUGCGCUGAUCCAGGUUCUGUACUCCACCUUCCCAGGAGCUCAGGAGGAGCAGGAGGCCCCGCCCCCUACAGCGUCUCCUGAAAUCCAACCAAAGUUUGUAAAGGGCAGCAAACGCUACGGCCGCCGCUCCACGCCAGAGUUCUUGGAGACCACCUCUGGCGUUCCCGACGUCAACCCGGCAGACGGGAGUUUGGAGGACAACGAUGACUCGGCAGUUCCCAGGAAGCGCGAGCGCUGGAAUUCCCAGGAAAGCAGCUCGGAUGAGUUCGAGGCAGAAGGCCAGAUGCACCUGUGGAACCCGGACGGGCCGAGCACGCCGCGAGGAUCUGUCGCGCCGCUGUCCGUCCGGCUGGAGGCGGAGCUCCGUCGCGCCUGCGAGGAGCUGGAGAUGGCGUGGGAUGGCCACGCCGCUCGGUCCGAACUGCUGGUUCUGUGUGAAAGUUUGGGCCUGGAGCCCGGCGCCGACGCCCUCCUGGAUCCUGACGAGCAGAUGGACGUUCAGGAGUUUGUUUCCAGGCUUAUGACUCAACCGAAGCCGCCGACGCCGUCGGCCUCCACGCCGUACAGGCAGCUCAAAAGACAUCACUCCACUCAGUCUUUCGAUGAAGUCGGCCGCAGGAUUCCGGCCUUCAGCAGCACCACGGCCACGCCCCUCUUCUCCUGGCUGGACGACGGCGCCGGCCACGCUGCAGCAGAAAGAGUCCUGGACGUCUGGAUGGACGAGGGGGUGGAGAACGGCGUGGAGAUCCUGCAGUCUCUGAGCGUGGAGCCGGACGGGAGGCUGAACCUCUGCGACCUCGCCGCCGCUCUGGAGAGCGAACUGCUGGUCACCAAGAACGGCGUUCUCCGGGCGGCACUGGCCAGCUUCAAGGCGGAGAUCAGACACCUGCUGGAGAACGUGGAGCAGGAGAUCCGGGAGAAGGAGAAGAUCCGAUCGGACCUGGAGAAGGCGGAGAAGCAGAAAUCCCAGCUGGCCUCGGAGGUGGACGAGCGUCACGCUGCUAUCGAGCGCGCGAACAGCCUGAACCUCAGGAGGCUGGAGCAGGAGCACAAGGAGAGGCUGGGGGCGGUCCGGUCCGAGCUGAUGAAGGAGGUGGAGCAGAUCCAGCAGCAGGCCGGUCUGCAGCGCGAGAAGGCGGAGGCAGAGAUCGCCAAGAUCAAGGAGGAGGAGUCUCUCCUCAGAGAUCACCUGUCCAUCUCCCUGAAGGAGAAUCGGCGGCUAGAAACGGAGCUGCUGGACGGCGCCGAAGAGCUUGAGGAGGCUCAAGGUCAAAUUCUGAAACUGCAGAGGAGUUUGGAGAGCCUCAUGAAGGAGAAGUUUGGAGAUGUGGACCCCAGCAGUGCGGACCUCCUCCUGCAGGAGGAGCGCAUCAAGCAGCUGCGCAGCAGCUACGAGGCUCAGUGCAGGGAGCUGCAGGAUCGCAUUGACGAGCUGCAGGCGGAGCUGCAGGACCUCCACCCCCUCAGCAAAGGUCACGCCCCCACCCACAAGGCCCUGUCCGAGGAGCUGGAGAGCCAAAGCCCCGGCAUGGAGUCGGACCCAGGGAUCGGGUCAGAGGAGGUGCAGCCUUUCAGCCUGAGCCUGGAGGCGGAGAUGAUGCUGGAGCGGCUGAAGGAGCAGCACCUCCAGCAGAUGGAGGAGCUUCAGGAGCAGCUGGAGAUCAAGGUCAAUGAGUUCAACAGGAGGCUGGAGAAGCAGCAGGAGAUCCACGAGGAGCAGAAAGCUUCUUUGAGCCUCCGGCACCAGGAGGAGCUCGGAGCUCUGCGGGAGGAGAUGCUCAGCGUUCGGAGCCACGCCCAGGAGCUCCAGAACCAGCUGGAGGGGGCGGAGCUAAAGCCGGCCGCAGGUGGAGAAGAACUACAGAGUCGAGGAGCAGAAGUGGGUCCGUUCAGACAGCAGCUGCAGGAGGCCCUGCGGGUCUCUGCAGACCUGGAGGAGCAGCUGAAGGCCCUGGAGGUCCAGCAGACGGAGGAGAAGGAACAGCUUCUCCGUAAGAUGGAGGAGCUGAAGGAGCAGCAUGCAGUGGAGAUCAGCAAGCUGAAAGAGGAGCAGGAAGAGCUUCUGGAGGCCAGAAAGGAGGAGAAGUCUGAGCUAGAGAGGAGGUUGUCGGCUGAGUGGGAGCAGGAGAAAGACGCUUUGGAAGUAAGCCAUGAAAACCAACUGAGAGUCAGACUGGAGGAGGUGAAAGUGAAGUUUGAGGAAGAGAAAGGAGAGCUGGUGAGGAGGUUGACAGAGCAGUGGGAGGAGGAGAAGGCUCAGCUGGACCUGCAGAGGAACGAGACCCUGCAGGUGCUGCUGGAGGAGGAGAUGCUGAGGCUGGUUGUGGACCAGGAGGAGAAGGAGAACAGCUUGAGGGAGCAGUGGGAGAGGGAGCGCGCCAAGCUCGAGGAGCAUCAUGAGGAGGUUCUGCACGGCAGGAUUCUAGAAGAAAGGCUGCAGCUGCAGGAGCAGUCUGAGCAGAGGGAGAGGAGGUUGAAGGAGGAGUGGGAGAAGGAGAAGCUGCAGCUGGAGGAGGACUAUGAAGGGAUGAUCCAGGAGCGGCUGGGCAAGGAGAAGGAGAAGCUAGAAGAAAAGGAGAAGAUGGAGAGGGAGGCGGCGGAAGAGAGGGAACUCCUGGAGGAGAGGCACCGAGAAGCGAUGAAGGAGCUGAGCAGCAAACACGGCGAGGAGAGGAGCGCGCUGCGCGGCGAGCUGCAGAAGCUGCGGGACGACGUCGCUCUGGAGAGGAAGGAGGUGGAGAGCAGCUUCACGCAGCGAAUCUCAGACGUGGAAACUCGUCUGUCCUGCGAUCAGGAAACCGUCGCUGAACGUUUCCGGGCCGACGUCCUGAAACUGGAGCAUAACUACCAGAACGAGCUGCAGGUUCUGUCAGAAGACCUCCUGCACCAGAAGCUCCUCUGGGAGGCAGAGACGCAGAGAGCUCUGGAGGAGCAGAGAGCAGCCAUGGAGGAGGCUGUGGAGCAGGAAAGAGGGAGAAAGCAGGAGCUGGAGAACGUCCACAGAGAAGAGAUGGAGGCUGUGAGGACGGAGAACCUACAUCUCCAGGAGGAGCUGGACGAGGCGGUGAGCAAAGAAAUCGAGCUGAGCAUGCAGCUGAACGGCCUCCACAGCCGGCUGCAGGAGCAGCACCAGCUCCUCGCCCAGACGGACGGCAAAGCCCUGCAGGCCCAGCUCCUGCUCCACCAAACCGUGGAGAGCUUCCAGCAGGAGCGGGAGCAGCUCCUCCGGAGCAUCUCUGAGCUGGAGGCGCAGGUCCAGGAUGAGCGGCGGAGCUCCGAGCGGCACGCCGCAGAGCUGCUGACGGAGCGCGACCUCUGGAAGGUGAAGGAGGAGGAGCUGCAGGAAGACCUGAGCGGCCUUCAGAAACGGGGUCAAGAUGUUGCAGCUGAAAGAGACGAGCUCAGGGUGAAAGUUCAAGAGCUGGAGGCGGAAUGCAGACGGGUUCUGGAUUCUGCAGAAGAGGAAGGAACCCAGGAGGAGAUUCUUCACUCCACGUCUGCAGGAGUCGGCCUGGAACAUCUGGACCGUGAUGCCUUUCCCAGGAAGACUAAAUGUGAUGAAGACCAGGAUGGAGCUGUGCUGAAGGCCUCUCCGCUGGAGGAGAGCCGUGUUUCUGGUGAGGAGGUGGUUCCAGAUCCGAGCCUGAAGCUCCAUGACCUCCACCAGGAAGCGUGGGAACGGCGGUCCUGUGAUCGCCGCUCAGGAUCUCCUGACGCGUAUUUUUACUCUGAAAGCCCAAUACACAAAGCAGUUUUUGAUGCGGCGAGCACAGAGGAUGGGAGGUCCCCCCUGGGAGGUGAGGAGCAUCAUGAGACUGUGGUUGAGGCCUCCACGCCGGAGGAGACGCGUGACCUCCAGGAGGACUCUGCAGAGGAAGCUGAGGUGGAUGAAAACCACCUGGAAUGUUCACAUGAUGCUGUGGAAGACCGUGAGAACCAGGAGGAGGCGCUCCUUACCUUACAGGCUCUGUGUCGCAUCUCCAGGGAGGAGAACCUCCUCCUUCACCAGAAGGUUUCUUUGCUCCGGCAGAAAACGGGAAUCUUGGAGAACCUGCUGGACCAUCACAGUGCAAACGUCCAUACAUCCCAUCAUGCUCUGGAGGAGAACUACAGCCUGAAGGUCCAGAUGCUCCUGCUGCUGGAGCACGUCAGAGACCUGGAGAUGAAGGCCCUGAACACGGCGGAGCUCCAGAUCCGCUACGAAGACUGUCGCUGCGAAAACGCCAAACUGAAGGAGCAGAGCGCUCAGCAGGAGCAGCAGCUCUGGAGCCUGGAAGGAAAGCUCAAACUGUUCCAGGAUUUCCAGUACCGGGGCUUUGUCCUCAUGGACGACAUCGGCGGGAUGAAGGAGGAGAACUCUGGACUCCUCCUGCUGCUGGCCGAGCCGGAGAGGCAGGAGGAACCUCCUGCUGACCCGGGGGAGGCCUUCAGCCUGGAGGACAGCUGCAGGGCGUUUGAGAGGCAGAACAUGCGUCUGCGCAGAUCCAUCGCACAGCUGCAGGGCCACGCCCACACGCUGAACCAGAAGACUCGAGCUCAGAGAUCUGAAGCCGGCCGCCUGGCUCAGGAGAACCUGGCCCUCAGGAAGAAGAUCAGCGCUCUGGAAGAAGGAGACCUGAACCAGGAGGAGCUGCUGGAAACGCUGGAGCGCCUGAAGAAGGAGAAGUCUGCAGCCCAGAAGGCAGCAGAGACCUUCAAGAGACAGAGCCGACGGCUGGAGGACCAGAACGGCGUUCUGGCGGAGAGGAACGCCCAAAGCGCCGCUCACCUGGAGAGGCUGCAGCUGAAGGAGAGGGAGGGGCCCCCCGCGGAGGGGCACGCCAGGGUGGCGGCCUGCGUGUCGGCUCUGGAGGCGGAGCUGACCAACGCUCUGGAGGACACGGCUCAGCUGGAGAACAGGAACUCGCAGCUGUCACAGCAGCUGUGUGAGCUAAGGGAGAAGGCUGCCAGGAGUCAGCUCAGCCAGAUCCUGGCGGAGCGUCAGAACGCCGACAGAGAGGUGGGGGUUCUCCAAACCCAGCUGGCUAAAGCUCAGGAGAAGGUGAAGACGGAGGAGGAGAACCUCCAGGCCGCCGCUCGGCAGAACGCCCGACUGAAGGCCGACCUGAAAGCUGCUCAGCAGGAGAAGGACUCCCUGAAACGGGAGGUGGCGGUGCUGCACAAAAAGCUGCUCCACACUCAGGAAAAAAACCGCACCUUAGAGGCGGAGCUGCACUCCUCAGGCAAGAAGAUGUUCCGGGAGGAGGCGAAGGAGCAGCACCUGCUGAGGCUGGAGAACGAGCGGCUGCAGGCGGACGCGCGCGGCCUCAGAAACGACCUGGUCCAGGCCAGAGAGAAGGUCCACCAGCUGGAUGCCACCAUCCUGUCUCUCAGCAAACACAAGCAGGCGGGUCAGGCGUCCGCGCUGAAGGCGCUGGAGCAGGAGAACGCUGCCCUGAAGCGGGAGCUGCAGGCGCAGAGGGAGCAGGGCUGUGAAGCGGCACGGAGCGGCGCGGAGUGGGAGAACCUUCAGCUGGAGAACGAAGCCCUAAAAGCGCAGAUGAGUCGUCUGUCCUCACAGCUGCUGGAGUCCUUUCAGGCUCAGCUGGUUGGACUUCUGCCUCCGUCUCCUCACAGAGUCCAGAGAGGACAUCGCGCCGAGGAGCCAGAAAACCUGCAGGAGCCGAUGGCGGAGCAGCGGGCGGCUCACGCAGACAGCUGCCGGCGGAUCGGCGGGUUAUAACGGCGCCUCUUCCCUGAUCAGACUCCACGACCCGCUCUUCUGCGGCGUGGCGGGAAAACUGGAAGAUCGCUUUGCUGCGUGCGGCAUGGCGGAAAAACGGAGAUCCUGCUGUAUUUUCCAGAGGAAAUUCUGGAAGCGAUGAUGUGAUCGAAGGCAGCAGGAACUGGGCGGAGUCAAACGAGGAGACGCCUUUGUAGUUUACACUGCAGGACACCUUGUGGCUGUAUGAAGGGAGGGGCUUCCCACAGGUUAGAUUCCCGUCAGUCAGAGGUUCUGCAUCCAUCCUUAAACCUGUCGGGUUUCCAGUCCCAGCUUCAGUCGUGGUUCUGUUGGGUUUUCAAGCUGUGUCUGUCCUGGAGCUCAUUAUUUAUUUUAUCGUCAUUUUAUUUAUGGUUUGUUGAAUCAUUUAUGUCAUUUUUUUAGUUUACAAAAAUGUCCAGAAAUCCUUUUUAUCAAAUAAAACUUUUACCACCAGAAAAAACCGUCUCCGCCUCUCAUUCCCGACUCUUUUC